CAGUGGCAAACAAUAUAAACAUCGUUAGGUUACUGAGUUUCGCUUUUUUCGCAUCAUAUGGCGCUUAAUUGCAACAGUUUUUAAAAUUCCGCAAUACAAAUACUGUGAAACGUGCCAUUUUAAGGCUCGUUAUUGACUGUUUUAUAGGAUUAAUGUAAGGUUAUAUAGUGAUACUUCUGGUAUUAUUUGCUAACGUUAGCUAGCAUGCAUUGCAGGUCCGCUAGCUAAAGUAAGCGGCUCCAUUGGUUCCAUAAUGUAAUUCCUUCAGCACAGAGUCCGAGAAUGUUGAAUCAAGGCAAAGACACACACCCAACAACUUCAACAAAUGGAAAAUGUCUGGCACAAUAACAGGUAGCUGGAGAGCCAGUCAGCCAUACUUCACCAGCUUUUAAGUUAGUGUUGCGACUGUGUUUGUGAAGCAUUGCUAGCACGCAACGAUGGUAGGUCUACUGUACGGGACAGCGUUGCUGCGCUUGCCUGCCAGAUAAGUUACAUUACAUUACCGUCUGACAGGAGUCUGCAGCUGUUUGUUGUUUUUAAACUGUACCAGUGUAACAAAUGGCCCAUUGUAAUAAGAUUUUUUGUGAAAUUGAGCUAUAUAUUCCACAUUUAUAUUUGAGUAAACAUAAUCUUAUAUAUAUAUAUGUAUAUAUAUACACAUUACAUAAAUACGUACACAUGUAUAACCUUCACUGUAGGUGGGAAACCUUUCUUGUACGUCAUAAGUACUGGUCAGUUGGUCAAUACAUGUCAUGUGUCAUGAGCCAGACUCACUUUGCUCAACAGGUUACAGAAUCCUGUUACCUACUGUAAUGUUUUAACUGUUCCGAUAAAUUUCCUAUGUGACCUGGCACCCUCCUGCUGUCAGCUAUGUCCCCUCUUUCGUUCCUCAUCAUCAUCUGCAGUGUUUGCCUCAUGCUGUAAGCUACAGCCCUUACUGUGAGGAAAGAGAAGAUAUGAUGCACUGACCACAUAGUUGCAAGUUGACCAAUGCAAGCAUUUCUCAAGAUGGAGACGGUUUUGGAGAAUAUAGUGGCCAUGGUGAAGCAGCACCAGGAUGGGAUCCCCCUGAAAAAGCUGGCUGUAUUCUACAGCCAGACAUACCACAAGAACCUGACUUUAUCCUUCCUGGGCUUCGACUCCAUGGCUAGCCUAGUAGCCUCUCUGGAUGGGGAUCUGCUUGUGGAGGGGGAAUCGGUGUUUCACAAGGAUCAUCGAUGUGGAAGUCGGGCAGGAGUGGGAGCUGGAGCUGGGACAUCAGCAAAAGCUAUAGAAGACAGCGAGAAUGUUAAGAUGGUUCUGGAAAAUAUUGUGGCCAUGAUGAAAGAACAUCCACAUGGGAUUCCUCUGAAAAAGGUGGCUAUAGCGUACAGCCAGAAAUAUCGCCACAACCUAGCCUUAGCUUCUUUGGGCUUCAAAACUGUUCCCUGCCUGGUAGCAUCUUUGAAAGGAGAUCUAGUUGUGAAGGAGAAAAUGCUGUUCCAUAAGAUUCACCAACCUCAAAAUCAACCUGUAGGCGGGACGUCCACAAAAGCUACAAAGGACAGCAGGCCUGCAACUCCACAGAGAACUGAAUCACUUAUAGGAGAUAGGAGCACUACCCCUACUGUGCCACAGGUAGAUGGCAGCCCUGACUAUGUGCCUCUCACUCAGACAGGAAUCGGCCUUCUAGGUUCUCCUUUGAAUUCCACUGCAUCUUUAUUCUCCACCCACUGUCUUCCUGUUGGCCCACUCUUUGCUGCGUCCAAGUCAGCUGAGCAAUUGAACCAACAGCAGCUGUACCAGAGGGUCUUAGAGGUGAUGAAGAAGUACCAGUUGAGCGCUCCAUCAAUGGAGCAGCUCCAAACCUUCUAUUUUCAGCAGUUUGGUGAACAGCUUCCUUUCGCACAGUACAUGUCUCUGUACGACCGCUGGGAAGCAUCUUGCAUUAAGAGUCAAGCUGAACCAACAGCAGAUCCCAACACUGUUGUAUUGAAGACAACUGCAGCAGCAAAUAAUCUUACAAGAGAGCCUGAAAAACAGCGGCAGCAACCAGCCACUACAUUGGACUUCCUCUCUGGCUCUGAAUUUCCAGAGCUGGGGGCAAAUAUGAGCUUAACCAAAGAGCAGAAGAGCAAAGUGAAAGAUGCAACGCAGAGAGGGGGCAGGUUCCCUGACUUUAGAGAAGCUUAUCAUGCCCAGUUGAGAGAGGUCCAUGGAGCUAAUGUUCGGGCAGUAGAGGCCAUGGAGGAGGAUGAGGAGGAGCUCACAGGGAGGAGGAGGAACAGGGCCAUGGAUCAGGAUAAGGUCAACAGUCUGAUGGAGGACGUGAUACGAGAAAUCGCUGCAGAGGGAGAGCUGGUCACCAAAGAGAAGGUGAUAUCCAGGGCGUGUGGGCUGAUGCAGAUUUCAUCUUUGGAAGCUGCAAGGAUCAAACCCUGGAAGAUUCCAGCUCUAAAAGAUCUUCAGUACAUCAUGAGAGAGAUCAACAUGUUCAUAGAGUCCACUGAAGCAGUGACAUCCAUUUGUACCCUCUAUGAGCUGGGCCAGUCGCUAGCUGGCCUGAAAGACAAGAAGCACUUUGAAGAGCUGAAGCUGGGGCCUCUCUGCAAACUCCCACUCAUCCACCGCAUGUUCAAGAUUGAUAGUAACACUAAGGAUGAUGAUAUUCACCAGAUUGAGACAACAGACAUCCUGAGGCAACUUCGUGUUUUUCGGAGGAAGCAGAGCAAGCCAAAAGUAGACCUGGCUGAGUUUAUGAAGUAUCUUGCUGACCACUACAACUGUGAUUCUCCCUAUGCGCUGGGUAUCAGGAUACACAGUGUUGGGUUGCCCAUAUCGACCUUGCAAAAGGUGAGUCGUUGUGAGCACAUCCUCAUGGAGCAAGCCAGGGAGGUCAUCCAGAGAGAGCUGGAGGAAGAGACCCAAGAGCAGCUGAGAAAGAUCAAGAGGAGUGUGUUGGAUCUGGUGCAAGGAGCAGGUUCCUUCUCCUCCACAGGCAGCUCGGAACUCAGGAAAAAGUAUGCGUCCAUGCCAGCAGCUGACGUAGUGCUGGCGGUAUUCACAAACGCAGAGGGGGUGUUCAGUCCCAAGAUGACCAAGCACGUCCAGAACUUUCUGCUGCAGGUGUCAGGUGACCGGCUGGCAAAGGCUCUGUUUCAGCUUGCCAUCUGUGGUGGCUCCCUGGCUGUCCCACACGACCUGGUGCCCAAAGACAAGGCACCCAAAACCACUGAACAAACUAAAAGAGAGGACAAACCCACCACAUCCCUCCCCAGUGAAGCCACAGUGAAGCAGUAUCUUAAAGACAGCCUGUCCUCUCAGAACUCAGCCAUCACUCUAGCCCACAUUGCCUCUCUGGAGAGGAAGUUGAGCAAACACUUCCAGAUCAAAGAUUUCCUCUCUUUAGAGCAAGGCAACUUCUUGGAGUUCCUGGUUAAACACAAUCAGCUGCUGCAGGACACACUGGGGUCUACUUUGAUUCUGGGCGGCGGCAGCGUGGAACUUGUGGGCAGUGGUUUCCGACCCACCAGACAAGAUGUGUUUGAGUUCAUCAAACAGUGUGGGGACAUUACCUCUACUGAUCCAGAUGAACUUUCGCACAUUGAGUCAGCACUGAGGUCCCACUACAGGGUCCGGGACAGUCGUGACCUCGGCUAUGGCGCUCUGCAAAUGCUGGCUGGUCUUGUCCAACGCCAGAGAGGGCUGGCUGGAGGAGGACUGAGCCAGGUCUACUAUGAGUCUGCCCUGUUUGCUAAACAUGGCAAAUCAAGUGCUGAAGGUGGGUGUGAGGCAGUGGGGCGCCUAGGGGACAUGUCCAAGGCCCAGGCCCUGGCCAGCUUGCUCUCCUGCCCUCUGCUGGAGGAUUUAAGUGAGUGGAGCCAAUGGGAGCUGAUCUUUAAACCCCUUCAUGGCUCCCUCAAAGAUUUCAUCGAAAUAAAUGCAGCCAAUACAGGCCUUGCAGCGUUGGAGGUUACACCAGGUUUGCUGCUCAGGAUCACCACAUACACAGGAGACAAGCAUUUUUCUAGUGCUGCCAUGAACCUUGACCCCAUCGGCACAGCUGGCCAUCUGGUGUCCAUGGUGGUGGCUGAUGGGAUCGUCAAUGCUCCCACUGCCCUCCUGGCCAAUCACAUGCAGAACUCCCUGGCAGCAGCUGUGGCUAAAGAAGAUUUGUCCCAAGCCGAAGAAGACGUGUCAUGUUACAGCAGAGUGGCAAACUUCCUCUUGGCUUGUUUGAUACGAAUCCCCACCAGAACCUGCGAGGCUCUUUUGCAGCAGGUGUUUUUGGAGCCUUUCUCCCGUGUCUUGGGCCAGGCCAAGUCUAAACAGGCCCUGAUCACUGUGGCUCAGUCUGACCCGAGGCACACGAACUGUCUGCAUCGGAUGGGCAUCCUCCUUGGCAUCACAGACUGGGUCAAAGACUACCAGAGAAAACUGGACCCACCACAGAGCCAAAACUACAACACACACACAGCACCUGUGGAACAGGCCAAGUCUAAUUUGAUAGAUUCUGAGAGCAGUAGUCUGUCAGCUCUGAAUAUGAGUGAAGAUGAGUAUCUUGAGGAUAACAUCAUGGACAACAGCGUUGCCUCCUCCCAGCUCAACCAUAGCCUACAACAAGUGAAUGGGGAGCAAGACAUAGAGGUUGAGGAGGAAGAGGAUGAAGAGGAGCUGUUUGAGUUGGCCUCACUGCCUAACGGGGAGACAUCAGAUGUCAGCAUUGAAGCUGAAGGAGGCCAGGAUGAGGAACAGUCAGAAAUGUCUGAUUCUAAUGAAAAGGAUGCUGCCAGCUGCCAAUCAGAGACCACACUAGCUCUCCAAAGAGUCAUAAUUGAGGACAUUAGGAAAAAUGAGUUUGGUAUUGGUGUGGAAUUGACCGCUGAAUGCCAGAACCUGAUGCAGGUUCACCAGGACAGGCUGGGACGCAGCUUGGAACGCCUCUCCACUGAACUCUACAGCAAAGACACACACUUUGUCCUGGAACUCAUUCAGAAUGCUGAUGACAACAGUUAUCCAUCAGAUGCUUGUGUUGUUCCAUCGCUGGCCUUUGUGGUGGAGAGAAAUUGCAUCACUGUUCUCAACAAUGAGAUUGGCUUCCAGGAGAGGAACAUCAGGGCCAUCUGUGAUGUGGGUCGCAGCACCAAGGGCAAACACAAAUAUGGAUACAUUGGCCAAAAGGGCAUUGGCUUCAAGUCAGUGUUUAAGGUCACUGACUGUCCUGAGAUUCACUCCAAUGGUUUCCACUUGCGCUUCGACAAGACUUGUGGUUCCAUGGGAUACAUCCUCCCCCACUGGACUGAAGAUGAGAGACCUCUGGACACACAGCAGAGGAUCAUAAAUCAGAUCAGGUGGACCACUAAGAUCUGCCUUCCAUUGCGUUCUGAGAGCCUUCAGACCAGGAACCUGUUUCAUGAUGUGCACCCCUCCCUGCUGCUCUUUCUACACCGCCUGCGCUCUGUUACCAUCUACAAUAGGAGUGAGAAGCGUCUUGUGACCAUGACUCGAAAAGAUCUGAGUCACGAUGUGUUAGAGGUGGAGCACACAGAUGGCAUAGAGCGCUGGCUGGUGGUCAAAACUACACUGCAGCCCAAGAAGAUCAAAGAAGAUGUUGAGUCGACUGAGCUUGCCCUGGCUUUCCAGCUUUGCAACGACAACGCAGGAAGGGACAUCAUAUGCCAGCCUCAGAAACAGCCUGUGUUCGCCUACCUGCCCCUUCGCAGUUUCGGCUUCCGUUUCAUUGUCCAAGGUGACUUUGACAUACCUUCCUCUCGUGAAGAUGUUGACAGAGACAGCUCCUGGAACCAGUGGCUUCGAUCUGAGAUACCUCAACUUUUCCUCCAGGCCAUGGACGUCUUCACUGAUCACCCAGAGUUCAGGGGGCUGAAGGGCCUCUGCCAAUUCCUUCAGUUUAUCCCCUUGCCUGACGAGGUGUUGGACUUCUUCAGGCCUGUUGCUGGGCAGAUUAUUCAACUGCUUAAGGGCAAGGCCUUCCUGCCUACACUCAGCUCAGAUGGCAAGGUUGUGUACAAGCUGCCGUCCCAGGUGGCCGUCUGUCAGGACGCGGUGAUCCGUGAGGUGAUUGGAGGAGAUGAGCUUGAAAGACAUCUGUCUCUGUCCUAUCUCCAUCCGGGUUUGAGCCCUGCCCCACCCACCUCCUUGCUCACUCACCUGGGAGUCAGAUACGUGCGGGGUUCAGAUGUUACCACGGUAACCACAGCCAUGGCCAAGGAGCUGAUGAGGGUGGAAGGCAUCCAUUCAGAUGGUAGUCUGCGACAGCUGGCCAGGCUGCUGGUUUGCAACUUUCGAGCUCUGGAGCAUGGCUACGGAGAGGCAGACUCCAUUUUGCAGACCCUCAAGGAUCUACCCAUAAUUCCCCUGGCUGAUGGACGUGUGGUGGCACUAAGUGGGGAGGGGGUGUUCUUUCCAAUGAAAGAAACCGAGACCAAGAAAAAGAAAGGUCAACCUCAGACAGGACCACUGUCUGCACUAUACAAGGAUGUAAACGUAGUUCAUCCCUCUCUGCUGAGCUGUGUGGAGCCCCUAGAAAGUCAGCAGGUUCAAGAGCUGCUUAAAAGACUCGGAGUUCAUGAACUGGAGCCUCAAGAGGUGUUGGAGCAGCACAUCUACCCAUCAAUACGGAACAACAAAUGGAAGUCGAAGCCCGAGGCAGUGGUGGUGAGCUACUUGGUUUUCAUCAAGCAGCAUUCCUUCUCAAACCAGGAGUACGCCGACAUUGCAGUACCCGUCCUUACCAGCAGGGGUCUGCUGUGCCCAGGACUGGACAGGGUGCACUUCUCUGAGGAGUACGACAACAUCAACCUGCCAAAGAAACUGCCUGGCUGUGAUUGGAUCUUGCUGAGUCCCUGCUAUGUGAAGACAGAUGGCGAUAUAGCAGGAUGGAGAGAGCUGUUCAGCAGAUUGGGAGUCAGAGACGGUCUCAUCAUCCGCAAAGAGAGACAAAUGCUUACUGCUAAAGAACUGGCCUCCAGCCCCUGGUCAGUUGAAAGUGCAAUGUGGCACCAAAAUCAUGGGGAGGGCUGUGUGAUCGAUGACUACACUUGCGAGGAGUUUCAUGCCCUGGCCACAGCCCAGCUGCCUGGCUCCCUCCUCCUGCAGCAGAGAGAGGCCUUGCUGGAGCUGCUGGCAACCAACUGGGACACUGGACACCACUACUCUCAGUACCUCACAGCCCAGGUGGUUGACAGUGACGGACGAACAAUCAAGGCAAAUCAAGGCGCCAGGUCUUCCUUCUAUCACUCCUUGUGUCAUCUUGAAUGGGUGCCAGCCUAUCGCCCGCGGGAAGGAGAACAGCGCGAGACAAAGUACCUUUGUCCCAACUCAGUCUACCUGACCUCACCUGAGGUCACCAGCCUGUUGGGGACUCAUGUCUAUUAUGUGGACAUAGACCCCAGCGAGUUCAGCAGAGCUCUAGGAAUGAGACAGAGUAUUUCAGUGGAAGCUCUGAUUAACUACCUGAAGGAGUGGUGUGUCAAACCAGAGGCAGAUAACAAGGAGCAGAGACUACCUGAGGUUGAGUCAGAGGGGGCCAAUUUCACCUCCACGGUUCAUCACAUUCACAAUGUCUACACCUAUCUUCAUACAAACUGUCCCCAGAGCAGCCUGAAGGAGCUGUUCCAGCAUACCCCUGCUGUAUUCAUAGAGUACAACAGGCGUACUGACGACUGGUGUUCAGGAUGCUUCUACCACCUGAAGGAGGUGUGCUGGAGUGACACAACAAUGAUGUUCCAGCGCUACAAACAGCUGACUCAUGGACCAGACAGCUCUGUUCAGGAGCCGAAAGUCCUGGCUCCCUUCUACAGCCCUCUUGAAGGCAUGAGAGACUUCUUCAUCAGACUGCUGAAUGUGGAUGCCAGCCCCAAUAUGAGGCAGUAUGUGGGUUUGUUGGAACUGAUCUGUUCCUCAUCUCCCAUACCAACUGCUGAAGUGCUACAGGAUGUGUCGGUGCUCUAUGCCAGACUUGCUCAAAAGUGUAAAACUCAAGUGUCUGGAGAACAGGAAAACACCCCUCAGUACAACCUUAAUACUGGUUACUGCUCCACUUUGAAAGGUAUGGUGUCUGAUAAGAGGGUCUUCCCCACCAAGGAUAACACCUGGGUUAGUUUGGCACGCAAACCCAUGAUUGCUGACAACAAAGAGCUGGAGAAGAUCGUUAAACCUCACAAACAGGUCUGCCUGCUCAACAUGCCACCAGCAGAGAAGAAGGCUGCUCCCAGGAGCAAGACUGGGAACUUUGGUCAUACAGUGCCAGGAGAACGAGCAAACACCGUACCUACCUUCAACGAGAGGGAUCGAGCAAUGUUUCUGAAGAUCUGCGGUAUCCGUCCACUGUCCGAGUGUGUCAAGACUGAGCCUCAGACUGAGAACCUGAGGCCCUGUCCGUCCAUGCAGGCCAUGGUGCGCUCUGUCAUCCCCUACAUCCAGAGGUUCCUCUACCAUCAUGACGAACUGGCUGACGUCUACUCAGACCUGAUUGAAAACAACAUAGGAGAGAAAAUCAAGCGCCUUUACUUUGCACAGGUGGGUAAGCUGUACAUUCGCUACCAGCUGGAUGUUGGUGACAUGGAUGAAGCUGUGGUGGAGGUGCAGGAUGUCAUCUGUCUGCUGAAGGAUGAGAAGGAGCUCUACAUCCAGAAAGAUCACCUCUCAGCCAAGCUGGAAAUCUGCAGGGAGCUGGUGAAACUGUUCUGCACAGAGAUCAGCCACAGGAAAGAUCUGAUGCAUUUCCUGACUGGCCUGAUAACCUCACUGGAUGACCCGGGGGCUCUGAGGAGAUGGUUGCAUAAAGAGGACAUCAGAGAGCUUCCCAGUAAAGAGGAGCAGUGGGAGGUCCCAGAGCCACCCAAACCAGACCUUUACCUGGAGAGAGUGCUAUCUAGGAGUUACUCCUCCAUCAGCUCCCCAGAGGAGCCAUCCCACCCUGCAAAAGAGGAUGGGGAACAGACGCUAGUUUGCUGGCCUCCUCGAGCAUCUAUACUGAAUACAGGAGGCAGUCGCGCGGGUCAGGCUGAUGGAGGUGUAGUAGAAGCCAUCAUGAAGAUGUGGCCGCCUCCUGCCGGGCCUAAAGACAGAGACCCAGAGAAAGAAGUCGCGCACAGAGAAGGCAGCCAUGUUGUCCCCCAGAGUCCCAGCAGCUAUGAGGGAAGCCAGCUGCACAGGAGCAGCAGCAGCAUACCUACAGACCAGCCCAUUCUUCAGAGAGUCCUCAGCCAUCCAGGCCAACCUAACCCUGCUGCUCUGUCCACCAACGUCAGCACCACACAACGACCUCCAGCAGAGUGCAGUCAACAGAGUGAGAUCACUGAGUCUGACAGAGCUGAGAAUGGAGAGGAGAACCUCACAACUCCCAGACCAGCACAGAAUCCUCCAUCUGCACAGCCUGCUGAGACAGUCAGCAAGCAGCCCACUCCAAACAGCCUCAUCGUCCCUGAAGCCGUGGUGCUUUCCAGCACGUUUCAGGGGGCUGCAGUCACUGUGGACACUCAGCGUCCUCCUCUGAACCUGGACUUCCCCCACUGGAACAAAGUCCAGCCUCCACAGGCCACUCUGGAGGACAUGGAGCUCACCUGCCAGAGACCCACCACUGUGGUGUUAUCCGACGACCCGAUGGACGUCGCAGCAAUCGGUGAGUGGGGAGAGCAGCUGGUCAACUCCUUCCUGUGCCACUGGAGGGACAGCAGUGACCCUGGACGCCCCGCACACGUCCUGUGGUGCAAUCAGGGCGGAGAGAGCGGCCAGCCCUACGACUUCAAACUUACUUUCGGACCUGCAGGAGGGCCGGGGGUGGUGUACGUGGAAGUGAAGUCGACUAUUAAGAAAGAGAAGUCAUUCAUCCAUCUGUCUGCCAAUGAGCUGGACAUGGCACUGAAAGAGAAAGAGAACUACCACAUAUUUAGGGUAUAUAGUGCAGGAGAUGCCCAAAAUGUUCGUCUGUGUCGCAUUCAGAACCUUGCGCAGCAUCUUCACACCAAAGACCUGGCACUUUAUCUGUUUGUAUAAGUUUAAGUUUGUGGAGGUAUUUGCACUGUUACACACACCAUAAUGACAGGCUCUAACUUGUAUUUUACGUGUUUCAUAUGCCUUUUUAAAGUUUAUCCUAACUGCACUGAUUUUAGUUCUUUUAAACAUACCCAUGAAGCUACCUACUGUAUGCUCCUUACUUUGCCUGCUUGUGAGCAAAAGACAAAUGUUGCACAUUCCUUUCUCAUUUGUCUGUAGAAAAUAUUAUUUUUAUUGCCAACAAACUACACACAGAUGUGCGUUUUCUAGUCUAUGUGCUAUUUUAAAGUGGUCAGUGGAACAACUGGAUGUUUUUAACCCUUUUUUAUUCCCCCUACCUCAACUUUACUCUAGCAU